AUGUUGCUGCAUUAUGUUUUAUUACUACAAGCGGUUCUAUUGUCCGGAGUUACUUGUCGUAUUAUAACAUUAUCUUCAAAACCAUCGGGGAAGCAGAAGCUGUUUUUAAGCCGGCAUGUAGUCACGGAAUCUGAUGAAUUCGAUGGUGGCGUUUUGGUCAAUGAAUUUGGAGUAAUUGAAGCUGUCUUUAAAAAAAAUAUUAUUGAUAAAUUGCAACAGCUUAAAAAUCUGGAGGUGAUCGACGGCGGAGACUGGGCUCUUUUAGCGGGAGGAAUUGAUUCUCAUGUACAUGUGAAUGAGCCAGGUCGAACAUCAUGGGAGGGAUACGUUACAGCUACUCAGGCAGCUGCGGCAGGUGGCAUAACCACAAUUAUCGAUAUGCCUUUGAAUUCUAUUCCUCCUACUACAACACUAAAUAAUUUAAAAAUCAAAGCCAACAUUGCCAAGGAGGAAGUAUUUGUAGAUGUAGGCUUUUGGGGAGGAGUUGUUCCUGGUAAUGAGGGAGAAUUAAAAGAUAUGGUAAAAGCUGGAGUGGUUGGUUUCAAAUGUUUCUUAAUAAACAGUGGUGUUUCCGAGUUUCCUUAUGUAACUGAAGACGAUCUAGACAAAGCCUUCGCUCAUCUCAAUGGCACAGGCACGGUGUUAGCUUUUCACGCAGAAGUGCAGAUCGACAAUAAAGUUGCCGAUUGCGAAGUUUCGUCUUGUCCAGAUCCAACCUUGUACGAUACCUACUUAGCAUCACGUCCGGAUGAAAUGGAAUUAGAGGCUGUGUCUCUGAUUGCGUCACAUUUAAAUAAAACUGACGUACACGUCCACGUCGUGCACGUGUCAUCUGCGGGGGUCGUACCAAUCUUGGAGGAAGCCAGAGAAAACAGGAUCAAGAAUAGUUACAGCGGUUGGCGCGGGGGAGUCACUGCAGAAACUUGCAGCCACUAUCUCACACUGAGCUCGGAGCAAAUCCCACCUGGACACUCAGAAUUCAAAUGUGCCCCACCCAUCAGGAAUAACACGAACAAGCAAAAACUUUGGGAAUACAUUAGAGAUAAACGGUUGGACCUAGUAACAUCUGAUCACUCGCCAAGUGUGCAAGAACUCAAAGGAAGUAACUUUUUAGAAGCUUGGGGCGGAGUGUCUUCAGUUCAGUUUGACUUAUCAUUAUUUUGGACGGAGGCAAAAGCUCGAGGAUACGAAUUGAGUACAUUAAGCCAUUAUUGGUCUGCGGGGCCAGCGCGUCUAACCGGCCUCCAGGAGAAGAAAGGCUCCAUUAGAGUCGGCCUUGACGCUGAUCUUAUCUUCUUUGAUCCCAAUGCAUCUUUCAUCGUUACCCCAAAGAUCAUCAGAUACAAAAACAAGAUAAGUCCAUACAUGAACAGAGUAUUGACAGGAAAAGUAAUGCAAACCUAUGUCAGAGGGCAACUAGUGUAUUCAGACGGCGAAUUAAUUGGAGGACCUAAAGGACAGCUGCUGUUAAAUGACUGA